AUGAGCUCUAAAAUAGCUGUCGUAACCGGUGCAAAUAAAGGGAUCGGUUUUGCAAUAGUCCGAGGACUUUGCAAGAGGUUUGACGGCAUUGUUUACCUCACGUCUAGAGACGAAAAUCGUGGAGCAGAGGCAGUGGCUGAACUUGAAAAAGAAGGUUUAAAUCCUAAAUACCAUCAGCUAGACAUCACAGAACCGAAAAGUGUAGAGGUAUUCCGUGACUACGUUAAAGAGAAAUACGGAGGUAUAGAUGUUUUAGUCAACAAUGCUGCGAUUGCAUUCAAAGGUAAUGCCCCCGAUCCUGUGGCUGUACAAGCAGAGCAAACUCUCUUCGUCAAUUACUUCUCGCUCGUGUCCACUUGUGAGAUUUUAUUCCCAAUACUUCGUAAAGGUGCUAGAGUUGUAAAUGUAUCGAGUUCAGCGGGUCAUCUUUCAAAUAUACCGAGUAAGAAGUUGGUCGCACGCUUUCAGGAUCCUAAUUUAACGAUCCCAGAGUUAUCUGAACUCAUGAAUAGAUAUAUAGAAGCAGCUAAACAGGGAACACAAGCAACUGAAUGGGGAAACUCAUCAUAUGCUGUAUCAAAAGUAGGAGUAACAGCAUUGACCAAGAUACAACAGAGGCUAUUGAUGGAUAGAGAUAUUAAAGUGAAUGCUGUACAUCCGGGAUAUGUGAACACGGACAUGUCGUCACACAAGGGUCCGCUGUCUAUUGAUGAAGGAGCCGCGGCUCCACUGUUCUUGGCUUUGGAUGCUCCAGAUAGUGUCCGUGGGGAAUAUGUGUGGUACAACAAGAAGAUAGUCAGUUGGAGUGGAGAAAAACCUAAUUUUUAA